AGCUUGUAUUUUUAUAAAACCUGAACUUAGACCUAGUAAAUAAAAGGAUAACCACGUAGCCAAAGAAGAGUUAAAUGAUUCAUAUGUAGGAAUAGACAAGAAAAGCAGAACUUAUGAGUGAUUUCCAUAAUUUGGUUCGGUUGGCGUUUCGUUUAUUAAAUUAAAUCUAUCAAUUUGAUUAUUAAAAAGCGUUUUUCUGUUCCUCCUAACUCCCAAGUCCAACUAUGCAAAUCUUAAAUACACUCGUUUCUGGGUUUCUUGUCUUCCAUUCCAUUCCUCCAUGUUUUUCCGGAAGGGUUUCCUUUCCCUCUCUCUCCAUGUGGUUCUAGCGGGUCUUCUCCCACCUGCUCUUUCCUAGUUGUUUCCUUUCCGCCCUCCUCCUCUGCACUUUCUCUCUCUAACUUUCCCCUCUGCAGUCUGCACUUUCUCUCUCUCUAUCUCUAAAAUUUUCCUUUUCGUUUUUUUUCCUCUUCUGGGUUCCCUUUCCCCUCUUAUCUCCGCUUCUUCCUCUUCAUGUGAUAUCGUAAGUUUCUCUCACCUUCUCAAUUACUGUUUCCUGGCCGCCACGCUUUCCUCUGUGCUUUUGCUGCUUUUGCCUCUUGACUGUUGCUAGCUUGGUUAUGGAUUUUGGGAUUGUUUGUUUUUUGGGAUUUUGGUUGCGAUUUGUUUGGGUUUGCUUUUGCUGUUUGUUUGUCUUUUUAUUCGACUCUUCAUCGAACCCUUUGUCGCUGUUCGUUACUUGUACACAGUUUUUUUGGGGUUCUUUUUGAUUCUUCAGCUGGGUGGAUGGGCAAAGAGGCCAGCAUCCUAUCAGGGUUUUUUCUUCCUGGUCGUUAUCUUUCGCAAGGGUGUGAUUGCCAAUAGUAAAAUGGGGAAAUUUUGUUGAUGUUUGAUUGUUUAAGGAGAUCGAGUGCUUGAAUGGUUUCUUUACUUUCCUCAAUGAAAGUUGCAUUGAAGAUUCGGACUUCCCUCAAGUGGAAAUCUUUCUUUCUCUAGUUAAGGGCGGGAUUCAUUUUGGUAUUGAAAAAAAGGUAGUUCCUGAACUUGUAGGUAGAUACCGCCUGGGUGGCUGACUUGCUGUUGUCUACGAUGGCAACUAGCAGAAUAUGCUUUUACGGCGAUUUUACAGUUGUUAUCUUUUUGUCUUAUUUCAAUUUAGUUUUAUGUAUAGAUGAUGAUUGCUGACUGUUGGGAAGACACAGAGAGUGUUGCUUAUUGUUCCCUUCUUGUGGAUUUUUAUCAGAUUCAGUUGGGGUAAAAGAUGGUGUCAGAGUCUUGGUUUCGCAGCCUUUGGAAGAUUCCUCGGAAGCACGAUCAUGGUCGAGAUAAAGUUGCUCUGGGCGUUCUAGCCCUGGAAGUUGCAAGCUUAAUGUCCAAGGUAGUUCAUAUAUGGCAUGCUUUGAGUGAUAAACAGAUUUCCAGGUUGAGGGAGGAGAUUACGAAUUCUGUGGGUAUUAAGAAACUAGUCUCUGAGGAUGAAGAUUAUAUUGUUAGGUUGAUAUGCUCCGAGUUGAUGGAAACUGUGGUGCAUGUGGCCAAGUCAGUGGCUCGACUAUGCAAGAAGUGUGGUGAUCCUACUCUAAAGAGCUUUGGAACUGCUUUCCAAGAACUGGUAAAGAUUGGUGUAGAUCAAUAUGGAUGGGAGUUUUCGUUGAAGAAAAUGGAUAAGAAGGUUAAAAAGAUGGAGCGCUUCAUUUCAAUCAAUGGUUCAUUGUAUCAGGAGAUGGAGUUGCUUGUGGAGCUUGAACAGACAGUUAGAAGAAUGAAGUGCAGUGAACCAAUACCAGAUAGUUAUCCCGACUAUCACAAAAAGCUUUUGUGGAAGCAACAUGAAGUGAAAAGUCUUAGGGAGAUGUCACUAUGGAAUAGGACGUAUGAUUACACAGUUGGCCUUCUAUCAAGAUCGAUAUUCACUAUAUUCCGCCGGAUCAAUCAUGUUUUUGGUUUUAAUACUACAUUGGAUCAGAGACCUGGACGAGUUGUGGAUUCUGAUUACAUUUAUCGCAGCCAGUCAGUUUCUACGAUAUUGCAGUCUUCUGUGCCUCGGUCUGAAAGUAGAAAUAUCCCAAGAUUCUCUUCUGGCCCCCUUGGCCUGUAUAAUGGGAAAUCUGGUCCUCUUCCUAAAGCAAAUAAGAGGAACGAUUUCCAUUCGGGUCCUAUUGGUGGUGGCUUGCCGACAAAGCCUGCUCCUAUUGCUGAAAAGAAGAGAGGUCUUAAAUUCUUUUCAGGACCACUUGGAAAGCCGAGUUCGAAGUCGGGACCACUCUAUGAAAUCAGCAAAGUCAGCAACCUGUGGCAAACUCCACAAUCACAGGCACCACUGGGAAAUCGGUCUCAUUCAAAGCAUAGUCGGUUGACUCAAGUUGGUCCUUUCAAAGGAUGCAUAGCCACAAACAGUUCACCUGUUGUCAAUUGCCACAUUCCGGAUCUUCAUUCUGGAAUUCUUGAUGCUACACGGGAAAGCAAGGGGAAUCACUUCCAUCAUGGGAGCUUGGCUUCUACUGGUCAGUCGAUAUUCAGUACCAAGUUUGUGGUUGCUCUUCCUGAAACCCUCAGUGCCACUGCUUUAGCACUCCACUAUGCUAACGUUAUUAUUAUUAUUGAGAAGCUAGCAGCAUCCCCUCAUUUGAUUAGCCAUGAUGCAAGAGAUGAUUUGUACAGCAUGCUACCAGCAAGUGUAAGAAUCACGCUAAGGCGAAAGUUGAAGCCAUAUGCCAAGAGCUUGGCGCUAGCCGAGUAUGACAGUGUACUUGGGAGUGAGUGGACUGAGGCUAUAUCUUCAAUAUUGGAAUGGUUGGCCCCUCUUGCUCAUAACAUGAUUAGAUGGCAAACCGAGAGAAGUUUCGAGCAACAGAACUUUGUUUCUAGGACAAACGUUUUCCUGGUGCAAACUCUUUUCUAUGCUAAUCAAGAGAAGACUGAAGCCACGAUUACAGAGCUUCUAGUUGGUCUGAAUUACCUCUGGAGAUCUGGCCGGGAACCUGAUGCAAAAGCUCCUAGGGAGUGUGCUACUGGCAGAAUAUUUGACGAAUAUUUGGAGCUCGGUGAGUAGUAUCUUUUCAUCCUUCUACAUCGGCCAAUUAUUGCAGAAGCAGGCAGCUCCAUGUGACUCGUCCUUUGUAACAUACAAAAUGUGUAUGGUUUUGGAUGAGAUUUCUCCUUGCUUAGAAGUUUCCCCGCAUCAGGACACAUACUUAGUAAGGCGGAUGGCAUAGGUUGAGGUUUCACCCUCAUUUGUGAGCGAAAAGUUUUCCUCUUUCUGCAAUUGUAAAAGGUGGUGGCUCCUGUACUCCCUUCGUCUGGUUAGUUUAGUCUAGCCUUGCCGAUUAUCCUUUUAAUGCAAUGGUUUGUGUAAUUUUGUUUUCCAGCAGUGGCUGUCUAUAUGAACUGUAAAAAUGUACCAUAUAUGGUGGUCUUCUAUUCAUGUAUAGAUAUGGUUGGGUUUUCUGGAAUGAGCUAACUGGUAGUAAGUAUUAACUAUUAACUGAAGAUGACAUAGCAGCCAUGUUAUGCUUGCAAAGUCUCUCACAACCCCUACAUUUUAGUAUGCAGCAACUCCGCCUGGUCAGUAUUGAUGAAUCAUUAUGUAUACGAGUUUUCGUUCUUUUUUAUGCUAUGCAUGAAACAUUGUCUCUUGCAGCUCUUACGCUUGAGAUUUGUCCACAGCCCAUUUGGUUGCUGAAUCAGGAAGUGGAACAGCACAUUACUGUUACCAGUGUCUUUGAUCUUGGUGUGCUCUCUCCAUUUAAGCAAGGAUAUUGGCAGCUGGGCUCGCGAGACUGAAACCAGGUAUGCUGAAGACUACUGUCAAAGUUCUUGUCUUCCCAUCUGUUUCAUGCUGCCAUGGAAGUUGCAGCUUUAGUCAGUACCACAAAAUGGUUACCUAAGGGAAAAGAAAGGUUAGGCAUAUCUGGAUAGCAAGAAUUGACCUCCAUUGUUGUCAGCUUCUAUCUGUCUUCAGGUUCGAUUGUCGACAUCCCAUUUUGGAAGGGAACUUCGCGGUCAGAUGCUUUUGUAAUUUUGUGGUUUUGGGUUAAUCAUAAUUAGGUCGCUAUCAUACUGAGAUGAAAGAAAAUGAUUAGUUAUGUUUGGAGAAUUACGACUACGAAUAUGGAGUGUUGUGAAGAGUUCUGGCGAUGAUAAAGCUUCAGAACCCGGUCGAUUUAUCAACAACUUCUUAUUGGCAUAAUUGCCAAAAAUUCGUUUAAUACUUGUGCCGUGCUCCUGUAUGCUUUUCGAAGUUCUCGUUCGCGUUCUUUACUAUUGGUCAUUGGAGAGUUCGUUUCAAAAAAAAUUUCAUUUCUUUAAUGUUUCAUGUACUAAACACAUUUUAAUAUAUAAUUUCUAUUCGAGUAGUGAAAAAUUUGCUUGGAAUUCCAUAUAGAAAAAAAGACAACGAGUCUUUUUAGAGAUAGUUGUAGACUAUACAGGUUUUAUCCGCGGUGAUUGGGUUGGGUCGGUUAAAGUACCCGUGGAUUCGGGUUUUGUUGCAUCCUUAUCUUCAUUUCUCCCUGUGUAUGAAAAAAAAAAAUUAGGUUACUUGUUAAAAAAUAUUUUAUCAUUAUAAAAAAUCAUUUCACUAUUAAUAUUUAUCUAUUACUUGUCAUCUUUUACAACGUUUAUAGUUUGCUUCGUGAGUUUUCUUGUGUGAUUUCUCGUCUUUUCGGCUUGCUUCAUGAUAAUUAUAGUGUGGUUGCACACAUAUUUCUGGUCGGCUUAAGAGAACUUGUGACCUGCUUCAAGGAACUUGUAAUAUGCUUUAGGAGGUUUCUCGUCUACUUUAAGAAACUUAUCGUCAGUUU